AUGUCCUUGGUCAAUCUCGCACACGUCUGCUCGCAUCUCCAAAACGCCUCUCUCGCACGACUUGGCCUGACAUCGAUACCCUACACCAAGUGGCACCUUUCAUUGGCACUUCUCCUUCAAAAGCAAGGCUUUCUUUCCCAAGUCAAGCUCGGCGGCCCAUCACCUCCUGCAUCAUGCUUCGGACAAGGACCUCGCGAUGAUCACACCGUAACAAAUCAUCCUCAUGGGAGUGCAGGGCGGAGUCGCUUCAGCUCGGAGGCAGCGUUGGCGAAGAUGGUCAGGCAGCACUGGACACCUUCACAGCUGCAGCAAUACGGCUUUGGCCAGGAGGCAAUAGACUUCGCACAAGAGCACGGCAGGAGGACUCUGGAACAACUCAAUGCACAAGGCUGGCAACGGCGUACUGCACAGUACCUGUUCGACAUUCGGUCACAAGUUGAGACGAUAGCAGAAGAGUGGGAUCGGGAGUAUGCACGGAGACGAGAAAUCUGCGAAACGCCGGAGCAGAUUCAAGCAUUGGAUGAAGAACUCGGCGCAACACCAGAAGCGCGGUACGAGCGAGUGCAGGAAGAUCUCGUUGCGCAAUUGCAGCCAGAGCAGGCACAAAUAUACACAAAGUACGCCUCUGUACCGAUCGAUGAGCUGCAAACUGUGGACUACAACGAAGCCGACAUCUCCUCGAUCGCGGGCGACAAAGUCUACCUCACAGAACGAGAGAUCCGCCAGAACGGCAUCACAAUAGAUGCUAUGGGUCUGCGCAUCCCAAACCAGCAAGUCACACUACCUCGAGAAGAAUUUCAAGAUCCGGAUAUGAUGGAGGCGGAAGGUGUGGUCACACAAGCAAACCGAGCGUCAAGGAGACUAUGGUUGGGGUUGAAAUACUAUCAGUCGAGUCCAGUGUUGAGCAAAGCGAAGAUGAUCAGCAAGCCAACGAAAAGGAUAUGGCUGAGCAGCGGGGAUCUGGCAAGAAUCGUGAGAGGAAGAAAUGCAGGAGAGGUCAAGCCACUCACACAGAUCGGUGAGAUUAUGGCUAUAAGCACGGAUAGGGGGAUCAUGGAGGCAAGGGAAUGCGUGGAGAGGAAAAUUGGCGGACAGCCGCUGUGCAGAGUGUGGUAA